CAGUCUGUGGAGAGUCCGGCUGCUGAACCAUGAACCAGUCUGAGUCCUGGGACAGAUGAGAGAGGGAGGGAGAGACAGAGAAGAGAAGAGAAGAGAGACUGAAGGGGGAGAGCGGCUUUAAUCUGAGUUUCAUCUGCAGAAGAGACCGACCGGGAGACACAGAGAGACAUGAGUCCUGAGACCUGCAGCUCGCUGAAGACACAAAACGGCUCCCACGUAACGCUCUAAGAAAACACACACUGCUGCUGACACACAGGGAGGCCUGGGCCGACUCAUAGCGAGCACCAGUACCCGUCCAUCUAUCCGUCAAACCAGCCAGCAGCGAUGCAGGGGCCGACAUGGAGCCUGUGUGCCCUGCUCUGUCUCUCCCUUUGGGAGCAGAGUUCCUGCAGGAGCUCCAGGGAGGCCCGGAGGACCGCAGGAGCUCCUCUGCACAGGAGCAAGAGAGCCCCCUUCAACCCGGAUGCUAAGAAGUGCUCCUACACCUUUCUGGUACCUGAGCAGAGGAUCACAGGUCCCAUCUGUGCCAGCACCACAGGCCCCGAGCCCGACAAGGACCGAGUGACCCGCAUGGAUAUCGCAGAUGUGAGGGAGGUGCUGAACAAGCAGCGGCGUGAGAUCGAGACGCUGCAGCUGGUGGUGGACGUGGACGGUAACCUGGUGAACGAGAUGAAGCUGCUGCGGAAAGAGAGCAGGAACAUGAACUCCAGGGUGACGCAGCUCUACAUGCAGCUGCUGCAUGAGAUCAUCAGGAAGAGAGACAACUCUCUGGAGCUGGCCCAGCUGGAGAACCGCGUCCUCAACGUGACCUCAGAGAUGAUGAGACUGGCCUCCAGGUACAAGGAGCUGGAGGGUCGCUUCGCCUCGAUGGCCGGGGUGGUCAACAACCAGUCCAUCCUGAUCGCCGCUCUGGAGGAGCAGUGUCUCAGGACGGUAGGACGGGGCGAGCUGCCUGUGGUCCCCCCGCUGGUCCAGGUAGUACCACAGAACCUACCUGUCAACAACCGGUUCACCAACGAGAUACAAAGGGACAACAACAACCGGGCCUUCACCAGAGGAUCUCGCAUGGACUCUCCAACUGUGAGCCCCUUUGGGAUCAAUCCUCCACCUCAGGGAACGCUGACUUCUGAUGGCCCCUUCAGGGACUGUUUCCAGGUGCGACAGGCCGGACACACCACCAGCGGGAUGUACCUGCUGAAGACGGACGGCAGCGAUCAGCUGAUCCAGGCCUGGUGUGAACACGGCCUCGAUAACGGAGGAUGGACGGUGUUACAGAGGAGGAAGGAUGGAUCUGUGAACUUCUUCAGGAACUGGGAGAACUACAAGAAAGGAUUCGGGAACAUAAACGGCGAGCACUGGCUCGGGCUGGUUAACAUCUACAACCUGGGGAAGCAGGGCGACUACAAGCUGAUGGUGGAGCUGGAGGACUGGACGGGGAAGAAGGUGUACGCCGAGUACAGCAGCUUCCGCCUGGAGUCAGAAAGCGACGGAUACCGGCUCAGACUCGGCACCUAUCAAGGCAACGCCGGCGACUCGUUCAGCAGCCACAACGGCAAACAGUUCACUACACUGGACCGGGACAAGGACGCCUUCUCUGGUAACUGCGCUCACUUCCAUAAAGGCGGCUGGUGGUACAACGCGUGUGGACAGACCAAUCUGAACGGGGUCUGGUACAGCGGGGGGGUUUACCGGAGUAAAUUUCAGGACGGGAUCUUCUGGGCCGAGUACGGAGGAGGUUUCUACUCCCUGAAGUCGGUCCGACUCCUGAUCAGACCCAUCGACUGAUCCCUCGGACUGAGGAUCCUUCAGAUGCUCCUUGUUUACUUCCUUAUAUCUGACCCACCCUCUGUCUUCAGUAAAGGCUGAACCAGGACCAGGACCUUUCACAUGGAGGCGAGAGAAUUAUAACUCUCAGUCUUACUCUGUGCUGUGGAAAGUUCCCCCACUGACUCUAAGAUGAAGAUACUAUUUCCUCCUCCUCCUGCCAGUCUGGCUAUAUCUGGUCAAUCAGGCUUCCUGGGACCUUCCAGUACCCCCCUGUGUGUCUUAUAUCCCCCCCUCUGUUUGUACUAAAGGGAAAACAAGAGACUUCUUCUGAGCAGCUAACUGUGACUAUUUAUACCUGAGGGGGCUGGGUGUACUGGGUGUCCUGGGUGUACUGGGUGUCCUGGGUGUCCUGGGAUGUUUGACUGUGGUAGCAUUUCAGUGAUGUGAUUUUAAGUUGUGUCUCCAGUUAGAGCAGGUAACCUUAUGUCUGAUGUUUUCUUGAUGUGUUGGACUUUAAUAUGACACUAAAUGGAACCCAUGAGGCACAGACCGGUGAUAAGAAGUGGACCUGGCCUUUUGGUUUUGAUGCAAACACAGAAGUGCCUUAAACCUGCAGUCCCCAUAAUGUCCAGCAGGGGGCGUGAAUCUAGGAGAUGAUGCUCAUCCUUCCAAAUUGAUUUAUUCCCUCAGGAAAUAUUUCAUCUAGUUUUAAGUGUUCUUCGAUACAGCACAAUGUUCAUUUUGUAAAUGGUGGUCCUAUUUAAAGUCACAGAGACGAGACAGAAUAGGAGGAGUUAGGGGCGAAGCUACCUGUGAUUGACAGGUCACUACAACACCCUGCCAGCAAGGACAGGUGCACAAAACAGUGUCUCCACCAACUGACAAACUCCAGUGUUGGAACAUGAAGCAUGCAGAAGUGCCAGUGCUGCAGUUCCAGGCGUAGAUUUAGCCUAAUGGUUAAGUUUCCCACAAAUAUAGUGGGCGGCCCGAGUUUCAUUCCAGCCUGCGGCCCCUUUCCCAAAUGUGAUUCCCCAAUUCUCCCCCUGGUUUUCUACCCUAGCUACUGUCCUCUUCUCUAUAAAUAAAGGUGUGAAAGGCCAAAAAUAACCACAACUGCAGUUCCCUGAGUGUCCACAAGAGCCUGUCUCCAAUAGUGAGCCAAUCCACAUAGAGCUGCAUGUUAAAAUAUCAAUUUGAGUAGCAGAAACAAGUGUUUACAGCCUGGUACAAAUUAUGGUUUUAGUCUCUAUAGAGACAAAUAGACCAAAAGAAGGGGAGGAUUUAGGGGCGGAGCUACCUGGGAUUGAUAGAUCACUACCACAACAUCCUGCCAAAAAGGACAGAUGCUUAAAAUAGUGCCUCCACAAGGCGAUAAACCCCGGUGUUGGAACAUUAAGCCAUUGCAGAACUGCAGUUCUCUGAGUAUCCACUUGGGGCUGUCUCCAAAAGUGAAUCAACUCCUAUGACUUCCAUGUUAAAAUGUCAAUUUGUGCAAAAUGUUUACAGCAUGGUACAAAUUAUGGUUUUAGUCUCUUUGGAUACAAACAGACCAAAAGGAGGGAAGGAUUUAGGGCGAGGCUACCUGUGAUUGACAAAUCACUACUGCAACAUCCUCCAGUGAGGAUAAAUGCACAAAAUAUUGUCUCCACCAAACGACAAACCCCGGUGAUGGAACAUUAAGUGAAAUAGCUGCAGUUCCCUGAGUUCCCACUUGAGGCGGUCUCCAAAAGUGAGUCGAUCUCCAUAGAGCUCCAUGUUAAAAUGUCAAUUACUGCAGUAGAAAUAAACGUUUAUAUACUGAUAAAAAUUAUGGUUUUAGACUCUAUAGAGACCAAUAGAUCGUCUUUGAGUAUCUAGAGAAGCGCCAUCAGUUCCUAUCAAUUAUCAUUUCUAUAAAGUACGGGGAGGAUUUAGGGCGGGGCCACCUGUGAUUGACAGGUCACUACCACAAGGACAAAGAGGAAAUGACAAUGCUCCAGUCGAGAUAUGUUCACUACUUGGCCCAAAACAAGACGACAACGACCAAACUGUAACACUGAUGUCUCAGAUUCGGCAGCAGUGAACCCCGGAGCGAGGUCCACUUCUUCUCCUUCAGUCUGUUCUUCAGGAACGAGUGUGUCUGACGAGCACGAGGCUGAGCUGUGGUGUGUAAAUAUCUUUGGCUUUAUAUGUGAAGGUAAUUUAAGAAGGUGUGACUCUACUCAGGCCAAAUGUCCAGUGUUCUCACUCUGCCAUUCUUUGUUAUUUAUCAGUGUAUUUAUGGUAUAUAUCAUAUCAUAUAGUCUCAUGUGUUAUCCAUGUACACACACACAUACGCACACACUCACACACUCACUCAGACUUCCUGUUUCAUCCUACUCAAAUUAAAAUCUUUAUAAACACGA